AAGGUCAUCGCCAUGGUGACCUUUGCUGAGACACAGGCCUCCCUUAUGGAGCUGCGUGAGCCGACCAGCCUGACCGCGACCCUGUCCCCUGGGCUGCGGCGGAAAAAGAUACUGUGGCAGAAUGCUGUAAAACACAUCAUUAUCCAGCAGGAGCUCAGCGCCCAGGUGGGUGUGGAGCCAGCAAGAAAAAUCUUUGUGACAGACACCUACAUGGAGGAGAUCAACAAACAAAUCCGCGACAAGGCCUCACGCGGGGUCACGAAACGCCGCUCCUCCACAUUCAGAGUGCACCCUUCCCAGUCCUGCGGUUCCACCAGCACAUACAACGGUCUGAGGGGCUCUUUGAAUGACUACGCCAGCGAUGCCGACUUCUUCGUGCACUGGGGCCACACAGUUCGUGGAGUCUACAUACCUUCCCUGAGGCACACCUUCAAGUCUGGUGAUCUGGAGAAACUCUACCAGGAACACUACUCCCACCAAAGACGCAACUCCCUGGUCGUCACCAAUGUAAUCGAUGCCGUUGCCAAGCUACACGCAUUGGUUCUGUACCUGGCACAGGCCCCUGAGGCGGCCACAGACACUCUGCGUGGGUGUCUGACAGGUGUUUUCAUGAUGUUAGCCAUAGCACUGUGCAUCAUGGUGUUAACCUGCAAAAACUCCAUGUCCCCACGGUGGCUUCACUACGCUGGCCUAGCUAGCUGGCUGUCGCAGACAACACAGGUGCUGGGGGGACUGGUGUACGGACUGGAAAAAGACCCAUCAUGGUAUGUUUUGUUCACAUUGUUCGCCACAUACACGCUACUGCCCUUACCUCUGCUGUGGGCCAUGUGCACAGGUUCCCUUACCUCAGUACUGCACCUUCUGAUGGAGAUAGUGUGCCACUACAAUGAUGUCGUACAUUUGAGAAAGGUGUUUGCCAAAGGCCUGCUGUACCUUGGUAUGAACACAGCUGGAUUGUUCAUCCACUACCUGACAGACCACGCCCAGAGACAGGUUUUCCUGGAGACACGACGUUGCAUCGAGGGUCGCCUCAAACUAGAGCAAGAGAACCAGAGACAGGAGCGUCUGGUGCUGUCAAUCCUGCCUCGCUUUGUUGCCUUGGAGAUGAUCGCUGACAUGAGCUCUUUAGAAGAUGAACUCAAUCCUCAGGAGUUUCAUAAGAUCUAUAUCCACCAGUACAAAGAUGUCAGCAUCCUUUUUGCAGACAUCAAGGGCUUCACUCUGUUGUCCAUGAAUCUGGCAGCCCAGGAUCUGGUUCGAAUCCUCAACGAGCUCUUUGGACGCUUUGACCGACUGGCAGACGAGCACCACUGCCUGCGGAUAAAGAUACUGGGAGACUGUUAUUACUGUGUGUCGGGGGUCCCUGAGCCACAGCGCGCCCAUGCUCGUCAUUGUGUUGAGAUGGGCCUGGCUAUGAUCAACACUAUACGGUGCAUACAGAAGCAACUUAACUUUGACAUGGACAUGAGGAUCGGGAUCCACUCUGGCUCUGUCCUGUGCGGGGUGCUAGGCCUGCAAAAAUGGCAGUUUGACGUCUGGUCCUGGGAUGUGGGCAUUGCCAACAUGCUGGAGGCUGGGGGCGUACCAGGACGCAUCCACAUCUCAAGGGCAACUCUGGACAGUCUGGAAGGGACCUAUAAGAUAGAAGAUGGUCAUGGCCGUGACAGGAACGAGUUUCUGCUCAAACACAACAUCGACACUUUCCUCAUCUGCCCUCAGGAGGAAAGGAACAAAGUUGACCAUAGUCAGACCCCCAAAGUCCAGAAAACCAAUCGAACCUGGAACCCAGAGAUGCCCUUUGGGAUCGCCAUUGACACAAACAGUAUCCUGGCCUCCUUUACGAACGGCUCGCUUCCCAACAUAUGGCAGUCCACCUCCAAAGAGAUUAACAAACGCAUCAAACAUGCCAUUGAGGUCCGAAGCAGUGAGCGUAUGCACAGGGAGCACAUCACUCCACUGACCCUGGUGUUCAAAGACACACACAUCGAGGACAAGUUCUCACAGAUGAGGGAUGAAAUGUUCAACUCCAACCUGGUCUGCUCUUUCAUCAUGCUCUUCUUUCUCAUGUCUGCUCUGACUGUCAUUUCUGCGCCCAGGCUGUUCCCAGCCAUCCUCCAGUUUUCAGUCUUUCUGCUCGCCUACGUGGUGCUGCUGCUAUUGGCCUUGGCUGAAGAGUUCAAGUGGACUCCUGCGGCGCUGCAGCAACUGUGCUGCUGGAUCCACGAAAACAACAGUGCCCGCAACGUCUUCACCAUCGCAGCCAUCGUCAUCAACUUUGGCUUGGUCUCUACUGACAUGGUAUGGUGCAUUCUCACAGACACAGACACAGCAGAGGCAGAUGUAAGGGACAGAACAAACACAGCCUCACGUCCACUCACUGUCUGCACUUACCCCGAGAUCUUUGCGUUGAGUGGAGUGAUUGCCAUGGUGACUUGUGCCGUUUUCCUGCGUCUGAACUCUCUGCUGAAGCUGGCGGUGUUGCUGCUGGCGGUGGCUGUCUACUCCUACCUCAUCCACCUGGCCUUCCUCACACUCGCACGCCACGAUAUGCUGCACAGGUCUCACUAUGUCAGGAGAAAAGGAGUGUCCAUCCUUCUCAUGGCCAUGUUUAUUGUUGCUGUCUUUUACAAUGGACGGCAGUGGGAGGCCACUGCCAGACUGGACUUCCUGUGGCGUCUGCAGGCCCAACAGGAAGUGGAGGACAUGAGGGAACUGCGGGAACACAACAAGUGUCUGUUGCACAACAUCCUGCCUUUGCAUGUGGCGCGACAUUUUCUGGACCGGAGCAAGAAUGAUGAGGAGCUUUACUCCCAGUCCUAUGAUGAAGUCGGUGUCAUGUUUGCCUCCAUCGCCGGCUUCAGUGAGUACUUUGAGCAGAAAGAGAUCAAACAUGAGGGAGUGGACUGCCUCCGACUUCUGAAUGAGAUCAUUGCUGGCUUCGAUGAGUUGUUGGAGGAGUCGUACUUCUGCUAUGUGGAGAAGAUAAAGACCAUUGGGAGCUGCUACAUGGCAGCCUCCGGCUUAGCUCCAGACAAACAGGCAUCUAUGGAUGAAUGGAAUCACCUGAGUGAGCUUGUUUUGUUUGCGUUGGCAAUGCAAGAGACCUUGAAAGAGAUUAACAGGCUCUCUGCCAAAAACUUUCAGCUGCGUGUCGGUAUCGCCCAUGGACCGGUGGUAGCAGGGGUGAUCGGUGCCACCAAGCCACAGUAUGACAUCUGGGGGUCAACAGUGAACCUGGCCAGCCGCAUGGACAGCACAGGGGUAAGCGGACGCAUCCAGGUGCCCGAGGCCACGCGCAGGGUCCUGUCAGAAUGGGGUUUCAUCUUGGAGCUACGUGGAGAAAUCUUUGUCAAGGGGGUGAGCGAGCGUCAGGGGAAAGUCCGCACCUAUUUCAUCAGCACCAUGCGCUGUAAGAGGGCCAACGUUGGAACAGAUGGCCACUCGGGGGGGCAGACAGGAGGACGCCUGACGCUAGCAGGAGUGGUGUUCAGUCUCGUCCAGGCCAGACACAAGGAAAAGAUGAGAGAGGCCAGCAUGGGAUUCGGUUUGAAUCCCUGCACCUUGUAGUGCUGAGGGGACCUAUUAAGGUCAGAUGACUGCAGGUAGAGGAAGUAGAGUUGCCACCUUCAAUACAGAAAAAUAAGGGACGCCUGCCGCAGCGGGGUCCACACCCCUCGGGGGCCCGGCAACCACAGGCCAGAUGGUGUGCCAGUGGUGGUAUAUCAUAAUUUAAAACAUGUUUUCAGGAAAGUAUCAAGAUUGAUACCAAUGGAUAUUAUAAUAAGUUAUCUGCUAUUGAAAUCCGUGUGAACAGAUGCACUCACAGUGCAACAGACUAGUGGUCACAUUGUCAUAGCUGAAUACACAGCUAUGAAAAUAAUAAAUACAGGCCAACAAUUUGUCACAGUGAGACCACAAAAAAAAAAUGGCGUUAAGAAGAACUGUAUUUUCUUAACUUAAUAAAUCAACACAUCCAUAACUUAAUAACUGUAAGUUAGGUAAUAGGCUAAAACAAAUGCUUUCAUACGAUUCGAUUGAAAAGACUUUUGCAAAGUAUUUUCCUUAAACAUCAUGAACAUCAGUGGAUUAGAAGUAGUAGGCCUUGUGUGCAGUAUUGUAGCAUGUCAGGCCUACUUCCUUUUAUAAAUGUUUUCUUGUCAGAAGUACACUACUCGUGCAGCACUUACAGUAAAACUAUGAACAGGACUGCUCAAAGUUGAGAGUGAUCAAGAGCUCCACAGAGCACCUGUUCUUGCUGUCACUUUAUUGGUCAUUCUGGAAAAUAUCGUUUCCACAUAACCAGUGGAUACUGCGAUGCUUAUCAUGUGGCUGUUGAUGGACAGGAUGAGAAAUUGCAAAUGAACUUGAGUAAUUGUAAAGGGUGGUGUGAACACAGAUUUUAGCUAAAAUAUUUGUCAUUGUUUGAAGUAAUACCAUCCAUUUCUAAAUUUAAUUUAACACUAUUUGGUCAGUAAAUACGUAUAUUUAUGUAUUUUUUACAUUUUACAUAUUUAUUGAUAAUUCUAUAGUGUUGAAGGAUGCAAUUCUAUAGAUUGGUUAAGGAUAAAACAUAGGCUAGUUGUUUAUAUUCUUCAUAUAGGCACUAUAUUUUGAUAAUUAAAUGUGUAUUAAAUAGCCUAUAUCUCUCUUCUAUCUCUUAUUAAAUUAAUGCUUAUGUGUUUGACUGUAUACCUCAACCUUAAAAAACAAAUCAUACCUUAAUGUAGGCUUAUGAUUCAUUAACACUGUAACAAUAUUUCUUAACAAACAGGCAGCAUAUGAAAUUCAGCGUAAUCAAUCAGAAAAUAAGUAUGUUUUAUUAAAUCAUUACACUGCCUUAUGAGAAACCGUCUAGGCCAAAAUUGAAUACUCCGCUUGCACAUACAUACACGCUUGCAAAUACACACAUACAUACUCGCUUGGACAUACAUACAGUCAUUUGUAAGUAUGUAUGUAUGUGUGCAAGGUGAACAUGUAUAUAUAUGCACAAAGUGAGCAUGUAUGUGUGUGCAUGAGAAUAUGUAUGUAUGUGCAAGCAAAGUAUUGGCCUAGGCAGCUUCUAAUACUGCCUCGGCAUGCUGUCACACACACACAGACCACCGUGCACCAAACAUAACACUGGCCGUCAAACUGUGCAUUUUGGCUUGAUACUCAUUUCCACUGACACUUUCAAGACAAGUAGCCUAUUUGAUUUCUCCUACUCCCAUCGUCGGUAGGCUACUUUUGCAUCCGCUGUCAUUUCAGAGGGGACGCAGGGGGCUUCUCGCGCUGCCGCUGCUGUUGUUUCAACCUGACUCCCUGCCAAGAGACCCGCCCUUAUGCAACUCCGAUUGGUCCUGAACCUGACGGUAUUAAUCAAAUCAACAAUGGCAGCAAGUAUUACCCAAUCAGGGGUAGAAAAGGACAAGUCUUCACAGAAUGCACGUGGGAUGAUGCAUUGAAGACAACUCGAAAAUAUGGGAAAAACCCUGUCCCGCAUUGAUUCAAAAAGGGACCCACUAUUUAGUUCUCAAAUAAAGGACAAUUCCGUAUUUUAAGGGACGGGUGGCAACCUUAAGAGGAUUGCACAGUACAGCCAUAUUGUUCCUACUGGUUUACAGUUUUGUUGUUUGCGUUUUCACACUUUGUCAUAACUAAAUUAGCUGCACAAACAGAUAAGCUGUUAGCUAUAGGAUCCAAAUCCUACCAGAUCCUUUGUUCCUGUUUCCUCAUGACUGUGUCCUCCUCAGCUUCCCUGUCACCAAAAAAAGAAAUAUUAGGUGUAGGUGUUAUAAAGGACAGAACUGUCCUACUGGCCUCUGUUACUGCUUUCUGUUUCUGUUUUUUAUUGCCAUAUCCACACACUCCUAUAAGCACUGUUUUCAGUUCAAUGUAUAUAAAACUAACAAAUGUGUUUUUUUGGCUGGGAUAAGACCCCAGCAAGUCCUCAGACCUGUAAGCCAAACCUACUACCUCAAAAAAAACAGUUUUACCUCUCAUAGACUGACCUACAAAAUACUGACCAGUGUUUUUUACUCUUGCAUCAUUUUCACAAUUUUUCAGUACAGUAUGUAGGCUAUUGUGAGCUGGUGCAUAAUUACUACUAAGCUACUGCUAUCCACGCUAUUGAAAAUAUCUGUUUUAGUGGGACUUUGGUUGGUGUUUUUCCCUAUAUCAACAUAGCUGAGCAAACAGAAGUCCAUUAUUUAUGAAUCAAUGGCUGCUUGUUUCAUAUCGAUUUCUGUGGUAUUUCUUGUCUGCCUUCAUGUCACUGUCAGUGUUGCUCUGGAUUUCUGAGAUUUUUUUGUCAAACUCUGAAUGUGACAAAUUCCACUGUAGCCAGUUCAGUUUUGCCUCAGUACACUAUUACAUUCACUUCCAUCACUUUAGUUAAGUUUAGUUUAUUACUUUAUUUGACUGGAACAGUGCAUAUGAAUAAGAUUUCUGAAAAUAUGCCAGAGAUAGUCAGAAAGGAUAAUUCUCAUGGACAGUUAUAUUUCCGUCGUAGCAGUGAAACUCGACAGACUCAACAAGAGCUGAGUGUUUAAACUGUUGAACCAAUUUAAUGCCAAAACCCUCUUCCAUGUCACCCCUCUUCUUGUAUACUAAAGGGUUAUAUUUGGAUGUAAUAAUGGUAUAAUAAAACGUUAUAAUGUAGGCCCGAUGCUUAUUGUCAAUGUUAAAAAAAACAUUGUCACUGUAAAUUAUUAUAUUUUUUAUAUUUCAGCUAAAGGAUGACAAGCUCCACUAUGGGACUUUCGGAUGACUUUAUACAGUUAUUUAAAACAUUUUCAAAAAGAGAUUAACUUAAAUGUUAGAAAAUCAAAUGUUUUACGCUCUUUCUGGGCUGGGUAUAAGGCUGUGGUUUCUAAAUGUUUGGCAUUCUGGAAAUGUUACGUGUAACAGCUAUAAUGAAACUUUGUUUGUUUGUUUACAAA